AUGGAUUCCAUUAAUGUUGAAUUCAAAUUUUAUGAAGAAUUUAAUAAACUAGCUGAAAAAACAGAAACAAAAUGGACAAAUCUCAAUGGUACUUAAAUAAGUUAUUCAAUAAUUAUGUCUAUAUGUGUUUUUAUAGCUAGCAUUGCUGCACAAUCAAAGUUAGUUUACAUCGUUAAUUAUGAUCCACUUAACAUUAUGUAUCAAAGAGAGCCUUGUGUGCAGCUAGUAAAGCCCUGCUUUUUAUUGGUACCAUAUUACCUGCCAAAAAUUUUGGAUGAUAGGGUACAGUAAAAGGAUGCUCGUAUGGCAAAACCAACCUGAUGCGAUAAGGAAGGGCUUGGAGAUGGCAGGAAUAGUGAAUGCUGACACUAAAUAAUGACUAAUGAAAUUGAGAUACCUAAGUGUUUGACAGGAUUUGUGUUAAUUCCUUGUUUUUUUCUUUUGUUUUUUUUUAUCUGUAGACCGAAAAUUUGUUUUGGCAUUGUAACAGUUAUAGCGAAGUGUGGGAAACUUUUGUCCGAAAUUUGUCCGAAACGAGAAAAAGUGUACGAGUAUUAACCGUCCAAAAAUAUAAGACAACCUACCGUUAGAAUUUUUUGCAAGUAAUGUAGUAGUUUCUGUUAACAUCUUAAUUAGUAUUUUUAUGUUCUUUGUUUAACAGGAAAAGAAUUGCAAAAGGUACUGGAGAAAUUAAAUAUAAAGAAAAUUAUGGAAGCUGUUGGACAUGAUGAUUCAGAGGGAAUAGAUGAUCUGUGGAGUGUAAGUUGCAAACACAAUGUUUAUUUACAUUUCGUUGUAGCUUUCUUCUGUCAAGUGGGAACCCCUAAUUAACUGCUGACAUUAUUUAAUAUUUGCUGUUAAUCUGUAUUUGUUUCUUGUUGUAGGGUUUUAAGACUUUGAUGCGGGCACUACAGGUUCAAAAGAAUGAUCCAGAGUACCUCAAGCCUCAGAGCUUCAAGACACAUGUGCGGGAGUGAGGAAAGCUCUUUCUGGAAAUGUUCUAUGAUGACGACAUCACCCCCUACAUUCACAGUACGUCAACAAAAUUUAACUUUUAACAAAUAUCUUCCUUGAUGGAAGUAAUGAUGAUGAUAUUAAAUGAUAAUUUCACAAUGCAUCUAGUUUUUAUUAGUAGCGGAUAUCUAAAGGCCUGAAAGUGAUUGUACUUAUAUAAGCAGGAAGCUUUUAUUAGUAACUUUGUGGUAUAAAAAUAAAUAAAUUUAAUAUUAUUUUCUUUUUUUAGCAUUUGUAUACCAUGUACCUCAGUUUUUGGAAAAGUAUGGCACUUUAAUGCAGUUUAAUUGCCAGCCGGUGGAGAAAAAAAACCACUAGCAAUCCCAGGCAUUCCACCGUGGAUCCCAGAAAGGGGAAAAAAUUCAAAAUACACUGUUCAGGUAGGCACCACUAUUAAAAACAUAAAAUUAUUGAUAUACAUAAACAAAUAUAAUUAAUUGAAGCAGCAUCUGUUGCUAAAAAGCAGUUAACCUUAUCUAUCCAUAUCAAAAUUCUUCAUUUUUAAACAAAUAAACUUUGACAUUUUUUUCCCCAUCAAAGAGGUAUUGGAUGUCCUCCUAGCCGAAAAAUACUAUCUAUUUAUACCUAACUUUAAAAUUGUACAUGACUCAGUCUGAUUACCCUCACAAAUUACUAGGGAUAAAUAACUUGAUAAGCUGCUGCAUUUUUUAUUAAAAAUAAUUAUCUUUUCUGAUAGGUAAUGGAACAAGAAAACAGGCUGAUGUUUGCCAGGUGCAACAACCUUAAAAGAAAACGGAGAAGCUAUGUAAAGUCUAAACUACCAGCCAAUCCAGAAAGCUCAGAUGAGGAAGAAGCCCCCGACAGCCAGAUAGGAAGCGUUCACGUUUACAAUCACCACGAAGAACAAGAGGGCUGA